CUAUUUGACUAACACACUAAAGCUACACAUAAUACAUUUUUUUUAAUGCUAAAUAAUAUUACACAAAUAACAAAUACACUUGGUUGUAAAAUUUAAUUGUUGACAGCAGCGUUUAACGAUACAGAAGUUACUGAUCAAUACCAUAGCAUGUUAAACUGAACGAUAUGUAUUGCUAUUGUAAUCGGUUUACGUAGAGAUGAAGGAGGACAUGAAUAAACAAAAGCUGAAUAAUGAAAACGUUAUUUAUGACAUGGUUUAUUAAGGUUAUUGUUGUGACGAUGGGAUAUAGGUUAAGAUGUCCAGUUGCAGGAGAAUGGCGUCUAAGAGCGAAAAUCUUUGACUGCGGUAGAGACUAUGUGUGUUUGUUGCGUUCACCAGAGAAUUCAUACCAUGAGAACUGCGACGGACUAGAUUAUAGCAGCACAGGUAGCAAACUUAUAUUCGAACCAAAUUUCAACAAAGCACAAUGCAGCUCCAAACGUUAUCAGCCUUUCCCAUUCUCAACUGAUGGAAACAGUAAGUGUAUGUACCAAAAGUCCUUUUGUAAUGAAGAGGGUCAAAUCGUCUAUCAUGAAGGAACUGUCAUAAAUGACACAACCUGUGGAUGUGACUUCUCCAAAGGGUACCGAUUUGUGAUCAAGCCAAGGCAUAACUGUUACUGUAUACCCUCAGAGGAAGACUGCGCAUGUCACAAACUACUUUGUAAGAAUGAAGAGUACAUAUGUCCUCAUUAUAGUGCAGCGAUUCUGAAUAUAUCCUGUCCAGAAAUUACUACCGAACUGUCAUCAAAAAGCAACAUGUCUUCGCUUUUUGGAAACAGAUUUAACGACGCCAAAAACUUUGAUAACAUAGGUAGAAAACAUAGAUUACCAUGUAUAUUCCUUACUACAGCAUUACUUAUUAUUAUGAUUAUUGUUGUUCCUCUAUAUGCAUGUGAGGUAAAGCAUGUACAUAGCAAGAUUCAGAAUCCAGAAUCAUUGGAGGCGUAUAUUGACCUCCCCGAAGCAAGUUCAUCAACUACUGAUUCAGAAACAUUCUCCCGGAAACAACAGCCAAGCAUAAUAGAUAUCCUGAUAUUCAGAAAUGUGUUGACAAAAGACCAAGGUAAACAGAUAAAAGAAAUUCCCUCGUCAGAAGCAAAGAACAGGAACAGGAUGUUAAUGGAUAUACUAUUGCGAGGACAUGAAACUAUGUAUAAUCUAUUUAUCGAUAUCUUAGAAAAGGAUGGAAAAUAUGAAAAACUAGCAAAUACAAUAAAAGGCACAGAAAUUACAGACGAAGAUAAAUCUAAUGUUCAUAAUUGUAAUAAUGUACAUGCGAAAAUUGUAGUUUAGAAAAAUAUGUCUAAGAGAGUAUCAUAACAAAUCAAGUUGUUUAUAAUCAAAAGGAGAAGGUAUGAUUAACAUGAUAACGUAAGGUUUUUGUCUAUUGAAUAUCAAGGUUGUUGAUUACAAGCUUCAGAAAGCUACUACACAGAGUGUUCCUAUUAAUUAAUCGAGUCAAACGGUCUUAAAAACAUUCUGAAACAAUGAGUAUUUUUUCCCUCAACAUGUGUUUUCCCAAAUAUGAGCCAAUAGUCUAAGGUUUUUGACAAAAUACAUGAGGAUUUUAAUUCCUGACGCAGAUAAGCUUUUGAAUCCUGACAUAUGAUUUAACCGUCUUGAAUAUGACGAAGGUACUAUGGCUGGGAAUUUAAUAUUCCUUAUUUAGAGGAACUGUAUUUAAGGUUCGUACAUAAUAAAGCUACAGCUAAAUACUCUCACUAUAAAGGCGAAAGCAAAUACUGGUCAAGAACCUUCCAUCUGAAUCUGUAAUAGAAAAACAAAUUAUAACUGCUUACAUUGAUUUUAGAAUCACUUGUUUUACCAAUUGACUAGAUUAAGCACUCAUAUUUCCUCCUUGUAAAGCUGAAAUGUUUGCCCAAUAAUUGCCAAAAUAAUAUAAACAUUCAUUCGAUCUCUUAUAGUUAAAAGAUAAUUAUGGCAAUUAUUGGGCUAACAUUUCAGCUUUACAAGGAGUAAAUACGAGUGGACAGCUAAAUUUAAGCUUAUUUUGCCUGCUUAUGAGAGUGCACAUGAAAUUAUGGAUAAUUUAAAUAUAUCUGCUUUAUCUGGUCAAUUUGGUAGCAAACAAUUUUGCAUUUAAACAACAUUUGUUAUUGGUAUUAAAAACUACACACUUACUGGUAUAAAAUAAGCAUCAUCGCGGACAAUAAACCAAUUAUACUUAUAACGUUGACCGGGUCAGAACAUUAUACAAUUCAAACAUCAAAAUAAGUGUCAUUGAUUUAAUUUGAAUGACGAGGGUCUCGGCAGUAUAAAUAUAGCUGUGGAACUCCGAGGUAUUUGGAUAGACGCAUUGCAGUUGACAAUCCUGGUGUCCUAUUUUACGUUUCGUUUUAAUUAAGUCUUAAACUAUAGAAACUAAUUAUUUAAAAUGAGAAUAAACCUUUUUUCUACAGGUGUACAAGACAGACAAGAUACCAAAGGGUGUCCUCAUAAGUCGAAGACAAACCACCAACCAGAUAUGUUAUCUGUCUUAUUACUCCUUUAUUUAAAGAGAUUAAACAUCAUGCAAUAGCGGAUUGGUAAUUACCCCUUAUCUAGUCCCAUUACAUCAUCCAAUGUGUAAACCAUCGGUCAUGUAAAUUAUUUAACCCUAAAACUGGAUUAAAAAAUUUGGAAUUGAAAUAUUGGAAUUAUGUAAGUGUAUCAUAUGUGGAUAUGUGCAAAUGUAACCAACAAGAAACGGACUUCAAUCCAACACGGUAAGACGGAUUAAAAUCUUCAAACCUAUUCAGAUGAUGUUGAUUUUUAAAUGUUUCUACCUACAUUUCUGUAAUGCAACACAUAAAUAGUAAAUUACACCUUUUGUGAGUAUAUUUUGGCGAUUGAUAAUGCAUAUAACUUUCAAAGUAUAAUAAACCCUUUGCCUUAUUGUAAGGUCAACAACAGUUAGUUUAUAGACUCUUGAUAUUUACAUAUAUCAAAUGGGAUGGGAUACGUCUUUUUAAACAGCAUAUAAUUUGCGUUCCUUAUGACAUUAAAGAAGACUGUUUAAGCCUAAACAUUGCCAUUUUGAUGUCUCAUAAUUUAUUGUGUUGUUGGGUUGCUGUUUCAUUAACAUAUACCAAAUAAAGUACUUUUAUUUAUAAAUUAAACUAUUUCCAUGUAAACUACAGCAACUGAUUGUUAACUUUGUAAUUAACUUGUUAACUUGAUCAAGUGAUAAACAACAUGCCUUCUUCAUCCUGUCAUUAAACCAUGAAAAAUAUAAUACAAGGCAACAAACAACAAGCUUUGAUUUCAGGAAUUGUUAAUAUUAUUUGUUAUUAAUCUUGUGUAUUUAUUUACGAUAUCAUAGAAUGAAGGUAUAGAGUUUUACAUAUUUUUCUGUACUUUUUUUAUGAUACCUUUUACAUAAUCGUGAAAAAAAUAACUAUGGAGUUCAUGCGAUUCCCUCAGUUUGUGUUUGUUACCUUGAUUAUAUCAUCAUAUUUGAUUUGCGAGAAAUGAACAUUAAUAGACCAGUUGACACAUACAGUUUAUAUAUCCCAACUCGUUCGUUAUGCCCGUGUGUGUAGUGAUGUCAUAGAUUUUAACAAACGUAAUCAAUGCAUCACUGGUAAAUUAUUAAGUCAUGAUUUCGUUACCAUAUAUUACUUAAAACAUUUACUAAUUUUAAAAUUCUUUCAUAGAUACAAAUAUUUGAUUAGUAAAUUUGGUUGUACCUGUAGAAAACUUAUUAAAAACGGUAUUUCACAUCCUAAAUUUUACGGUAAUAUUGUACUAAAAGCUCGGAAAUAACUAUGUGAUCCGUGUAAACUCAUCGAACCUUUAAACAAACUUAUAAGUAAAGGUUUUUCUUAUUAAUGUUGUAAUAAGAUCUUUGAAUAUUGUUUACAUUGGCACUAACAUCCAUUUUGUCAUCAACAAAUUAAAACAUAACUAAAUUUGUAUUCUUUUCGAGUGUUUUUUUUGGAUGUAUAAAUACACAUCCACGUUAAUGUUCUAUAUAGAAAUUGCUUUAUAUAUAUAUAACAUGAUACAUAUUUAUAAUAAGGUAAAAUCCUAACAAUCCUACUGCCUAUCAAUACUUUUAUUUUGGCAUUGCACAAGUCAUGUCUUCUUUGACUAUUCAUGGCGUUAAAACACUAAAUCCCUGGGGUAUGUUUUAAUAGAUUUUAGUCUCUGAUGCAUGAUUUCUUAUUGUUAAUUUUUUUUGGCUUUUAACUAGCUUUCAGUAACUGCGAGUACUCUCAAAUCGUUCUUUCGUGUUAAUUUGACCUGUUGACAUUAUUUGUAAUGCAUUUCUGUAAUUCAAUGUUUACUUAUUUUGUGUUAUAUCUCGUCUCACUAUUCUAAAUAUAUACCACCUUUGAUAAGUAUUUAGUAUGACGAUAAAUUUUCACUUCUGUACUCGUACUCUGAACAAUAAAUUUAUUAAUUUUGUAAAAAAUGUUUAAUUCCGUACUCCUAACAACAAAAUAAGUAUAUUUAAAUUUACCUGUGUAUAUUGUUUUAUUUAACGCCAUUUUGUCACAGCUUACAUCUUUUUUAUUACUACCUGUAACGUCUAUGUUAUAUAGGCACCUACGUUUUAAUAUUGUAUUUAUAUUGUGUCAUAGAUCAAACUUAUAUGUUCGCUGUUUGUUUACUUGUUUUUGUUUAAAUGUCUUUUUAAUCGAGUUAAGCCUUUUCAAUUGAUAUUUUAUAAUGUAUCAUUUUAUGUUGUAAUGUUACACUACUGUCUCAGGUUAGGGUGAAUGUUGGCCCUGUUAAAACGUUUAAACCCGCUGCAUUUUUAUGCACCUGUCCUAAGUCAGGAGCCUAUUGUUCAGUGGUUGCCGUUUGUUGGUGUGGUUCAUAGCUGUUUCUCGUUUCUCGUUUUUUAUAUAGAUUAGACCGUUGGUUUUCCUGUUUGAAUUGUUUUACACUAGUCAUUUUGGAGCCUUUUAUAGCUUGCUGUUAUGUGUGAGCCAAAGAUCCGUGUUGAAGGCCGUACUUUGACCUAUAAUUGUUAGCUUUUUAUACAUUGUGACUUGGAUGGAGAGUUUUCUUAUUGGCACUCAUACAACAUUUUCUUAUUUAUAUUGAGAAUCGAUUAAUAAAAAUUAUCAGUUGCUGAAUACCGUAUGCUGAACUCUAGAUAUAUUUUGGAUUUGUUGGCGUUUUGUUGAUGUCUAAUUGAAGCACUUUUUAUUCAUUAAGAACAUAAUGUACUAAUAUCUUAGCAAACAAAACAUACCUUAGAUUUUUAAAUACUCAUUUAAACCAUAAAACGAAAAUGCUUCCUGUUUUUAAUUUUCUAUUUUUGUUUUAUGUGUUUACCUUGUCUUAGCAUAACAUUCCUCUUGCAAUAUACAAGAAAAAAAAUUUCUAAAGCAUUUAACUUUGUGUGUGUGUGUGUGUGUUUUCUUUUGAAGUGCAUCUUCUUACUGAAUUUUGAUCUUUGACUAGUUUUUCAUUAAAAAUGAGGAUGAGUUAAGAAGAUAAAAUGACAAUAUAAUGAAAUCUCUUGAUUCUUAUUCAAAUAAAUGUAUGAAUACUG